AUGUCCCGCCAGGCCGGCGAACGCGCUUUCAACACAUCGCAACGACCAAAUCCUGGGCAGGCUGGCCAGCCGUCUAAUGCCCCCCUCCCUGCACCAGGCGCGACAUCUACCAGCCAGCCUGGAACCUAUGGUGCUUACCAGCCUGGCCUCGCUGGGCCGCCGGCCACCGUCGGGGAAAGGUCCUUCGACGUUCAGCAGAGAUCGCCACAAACAGCACAAACGACCCCUGCGAGAGGUCUGGGUAUGCACAGCAUACUGAAUCCGUCGUCCGAAAACACGCCCACAAGCGCUACAGAUUCGAUAUCCCGGCUUCCUCCACCAAUUCGUUCGCCCCGGAGUCGAAAAAGACAAGAGCCUUCCUCACCAACACGAGAACAAGUCCACCUAGCAACUCUUCCAGCUAUUAGGCCAGUUCUAACGGCCAAAUCGCCUGGAUUACGCGCGGCCAGUCUCGGGACCCAGAGCUUACCAUCGAUCCAGACAACGAGCGGAUAUCCAGGCCCAGCCCACACCGCGCCCGAUAGUCGAGUUUAUACAGCGGAACCAGGAGUUGCCGACAUCCCAGCUUUACCGUCUCUCGCGGUGACCCAGAGGUCGUACGCUCCGAUUCAACCGCAAGAUGUCUCACAGCAAUCUAGUGUUGGACAGACUUCAAUACCCACGCCUACUUCGCAUGCAGUCCCACCAGUGAUCCAUCCGCCAAGUCAGGAUCCUGCUUUCCCUCGUCCUUCUCCGAGCCUGUCGCACCAGACUUCACCUUUCCAUCAUUAUAGCAGUGCACCCGUCAGUCAGAAUGUGCCUGCCACGUACAGGUCACAAACAACUCCUGGGGGCUACGCACAAGACGUUGUAAGGAGGGGUCAGCCGGAAAACUACCACUCUGGUCAAGGAAACUACCAGAUGACCUUGGAGACCGACGAAGGCCCGAUGGUUGUACCCGUCGAGCUCGAUUUGCUCCAUGCAUCAAAGGUUGCAGACGAGAAACGAAAGCGAAAUGCUGGAGCCUCGGCAAGAUUCCGAGCACGGCGAAAGGAGAAGGAGAAGGAAGCAUCACACACCAUCUCCUCUUUGCAGCAAGAUCUGCGCGAGCUACGUGCAGAACGGGACUUCUAUCGAGAGGAGAGGAAUUUCAUGCGAGACUUUGCUGCACGGCACGUGGGAAUCGCACAGCUUCCCGUCAGGCCAUCGUCUCCCAUUAGUCGCGUGAACCCAAUGUCAGCGAUGAGUGGAACUGAUACAUCCCGACAUAGCGAUGACGGCGGUCGUCCACGUUCAGAUUCUGCACCGGCAGCUCAGAGAAGGCGCACCGGAGAUUUCCAGCCUACUUUUAGCCCACCGCAGUCGGAACAGCCCAUGGUUUACGGCACUCUUUUUGCGCCACAGCAGGGUAUGCCUCUACCACCGCCGCAUCAACCUCCCCCACCACAUGCAUCGCCAAGAUCCGUUCACCCUGGACCUCCACUGCCGCCACCGCUUGGUCCACGAUCGCAAUCGUCCUACGAUCCUUUCCGUCGGGACCCAUUCGAUAGGGCAUGGGAACCUAGCCGGUAA